AAAAAUAACAUUCUCUAAUAUGCAUCUGUAACUUUUCAACCGUGCUGGUCGCAUCAAAACUGUCCAAAAUUUCAUCAGAUUUAUAUUAAGUUGAAAAAUGGAUGUAAAAUUCAGUCCCGUGACUGCUUGUCCUAAGGAUGGUCUCACUUGGCUGAGCAACAGCUUUAAGUUACAGUGUCCUAAUGAUACACUAGGAAGGAGCCUGUACCAGUGUGUACCUAACGAUGACAGAUCUUCACUUGUGGAGUUUUGUCUUCGAGGGAGUAUUGGCAGAUAUGAAGCAGAAACUUGCCCUUUUGCUGUAUCUUCGGGACACUUAGACGCCAUCAACUGCUCCAGUUUUCUCAAAGGUUGUCUGAAAGAACCUUAUCUUACCAAUGAAGUUUACAAAUAUCCAACCUGCUUGGAAAUAAAUCCACAGAAAAGCUACUACUUGGCAGAUGGAAUCUGUAUAAACAAAAAGAGUCACGAGAUACCAAAAUCCACAACUUUUAUUCAACCUACUGCUUCCUCAGCAUAUACUCUGUCCACAGACAGCUUUAAUCUUACCUGGGUGUUACCAAACAGUACUUCUGAUUCGCAGCCAGGGAUUGAUACCGUACCCAUAAUUACUGGGGUAGUCUCAUCAUUGAUCGUGCUAGUGGUUAUUUUCGUGAUUUUCCUCUUUCUUUAUUCGAAAAAAUGUCGGUCUUGUAGCACAAUUAAAUCAACAGAGAAGGACAUCAGCCUUAUACAAAAGCAACACAAGCCCAAGGAAGAGGUUGAAACUUGUAACAUUGACAAUGAACUUGUCCCCAUACGACCUGCAAGGAAGCAAGAAACAUCUGUCAAGAUUGAACAUGAAUCAAUGAAAAGCGAACAUGGUGCAGGAAAAUAUAAUUUUUAUUGUGAACCUGAAAUGUCAGAGAGGACUGCUAUUGAAGAAUCUACUAAUUUGGAACUCCUUUUCGACUUUGUGUCCAGACAAUUGUCUUUCACGGACCUUCCCUUUGUUUCUACAUAUAUUGGUGAACCUCAAUUGGCAGAGACGGCUUACAUCGACGGGAAUCCCUCUGAAACCUACUGCAAGGUUUUCCAUAUGUGGCGAUGUAAAUAUCCACGCAUAGACCACAAAGCUAAGUUGAAGGAAAUUUUUUCCUCUAUGGAGAGACAAGAUUUGAUUGAGAAUAUAGAUAUGUUCUCUAAAGACAGCUUUUAUUAUAAAGAAUCUUUAUUCAAUCCAAAAGAACAAGCCCAGUCUUCUGACUUUAUCCUUAUGAGUCAAAAUUUAGCCAUGAAAUCUAAUCACGUAUUGCGGUUUCUUGGUUUGAAACAGUGUGAUAUAGAUCAGAUUGAGAGAGAUAAUAGAACUACUCAGGAAAAAAUUCUGAGAGCUUUAUCCAGAGUCCAAGAAGACAGACUAUCACUCACAAGACAAAGUAUUUGCAAUGCUCUAUAUUACGCAGACCAUUCCGACGUGAUAGAUAUUCUCAACUCUAGCUGGAACAGGGCAGCUAGGAAAAUUGCAAAGAAAGGCAAUAGGAAAAAAAGGAUACCAGAAAAAAAUAGUUUUAAAGAUGGCACACGCAACAACACAACUUGGACUGAAGGUACAGAUAAAAUGUUUAUUAAAGAUGAUUAA